UAGGUCGCACCUGCAGCCACUAAAAGCCCUUAGCAGCAAUCAGGAGUCAUCUUCUACAGAGUCCUUCAACGCUGUGCUCUGCUUAACGCUCGAACGCUUGUCUCACCAAGUCCAGGAAGUAACGCUGACCGUUUCGGAUCCGCGCAAAUGCAAACGAGGAACGGCAACGUGGCUGCUAUGGACAAGCGGGUGGACCUGGGCUCGCUCUUCUGCAUGAUCGGACGGCACGGUCCCGCCGUGGCUGUGGCCGUGAUGGCCGUGGUGUCCGUGCUGGCGGGGCUCAUCAUCUACAGGAACGUGAAGGGGAAGCGGAGGAAGGCUGCCGACGGUGACGCUGGCGGGGUCCCAGACUGUACAUCGCUACGGUAUCAGGAAUCGAACCCGUCGGAGUCGUGCGGCCGGUCAACAGAUGUCAGCAAAGAGGACUUGUCAAAUUCUGAAGAAGCCCAUCUGCCUGAAAUCCACUGCAGCAUCAGGAAUCGUCGUACUGUUUGUCACAAGGAAACUUUGCUUCACCACCCGACUGAGAAGGUCUCUGCUCAUGAAGAGAUGCAUACCUCAACACUGUCACAGAGGUUUCGCAGCAUGAUGGAGCCAUCCUUGCAAGAUUCUGACAAGACUCUAAAAGAUGAUUGGAUGACAGCAGAUGUAGCAAGUUGUGGCCAUGUUGAAGAUGAGCUGAGACCUUCAAAACCUAUGAUUGGUGGGCCUCACCAGGAUCAAAGUGAGGUGCCAAAAUCACAGGAAGAUGAGAUUUUGGAGAUGUUUGUCUGGGAUGCGGAAACCAGUCAGGAAAAAGUUCUGUCCCCUAUGACGACGACCAGUUCCAGUGUCUCUGACACUGGAACCGGUCACUGUCAAAACAUUGAAAAGAGUCAAGAAACUGAUCAAAUGUUACAUGAUGCCAAAACAAGCAGAGAAAGUGAUUUGAAAGAGUUGGCCUGUGAUGCUGAUGUGGUCAACUCAUGCCAUCAAAGGUCAACUGAAAACGUGGCACUCUCUGGAACUGAUCUCUAUCCAAGCUUUGAAGAGCAGACCAAUGCUGAAAACACAUUAUUUGAUGGUGAUAAAAUUGCAGGAGAGAUAAGGAAAGAUGCUAGUAAUACAUCUGGGACUUGUUUGUCAAUGCAACACAUUAAUGGCAGAGAGCAGAACGUGAUGGACCAGUUUGGAGAGGGUGAAAUUCUCACAAUUGAGCUGAAACAAGGUGGCAUUAAAAAAGUUGAAAACGGAGAGAACACUGGAGCAGUGAAAGCUAACAAUGGAAAAACUGAAAUUAGCAUCAGGGAGGCAACUAUGGACACUGAGUGGAUGGUGGAUGAUGAGGAAGCUCAUCCCUGGGUAAACCUUUCUGAUCAUAUAGUAGUCAAACAUGUACAAACUAACCACAGGUGCUGCUCUUCUCUGUCUGAAAUUGAGUUAUCCUCUGACAAUGAAGUGAAACAAACCAACACACUCUACUUUGUGGGUGGAAAUGGAGAAAAGAGUAACAAAGUUGUUGCAGUCCAGCCAAUGUCCCAAUUUGUCGAUGUAACCUUCCACAUCCACUAUGUUACCCAGUCCCUGUACCAGAAAGUGGCAAUCACAGGAAAUCAGCAGGAGCUGGGUAACUGGAAAGGAUUCGUUCCACUAGAAAAAACCAAGGAUGGACACUGGGCCACAGUGGUCAGCCUGCCUGCAGAGAGCCAUGUGGAGUGGAAGUUCGUGGUGGUGGAUAAAGGAGAGGUGUGCCGUUGGGAGGAGUGCGGCAACCGCCUGUUGGAAACGGGCUCUGGAGAUGACCUGCUUAUACAAAAAUGGUGGGGUUUCUUGUAAAAGCUGAUUCCAAGGAAAAUGCUAAAAAAAAAGCCUGAAGAAAGAGAGAAGGAUGUGCAAUAAGCUUUGGCACUGCAUACUAGACCAUGUACUAAUGAAUUAGGAUGUGUUUAUGGGAUAAGGUAAAAGUGGUGGUUAAUUUUUGGUAAAAUUUCACAAUGUGCAUUACAAUUUUGAUAAAUUUCCAAACUUCAGCAAAACCUAGUUAUAGUUGUAUAUCAGUAUUUUUAUGAAAUUCAGAUAAUUUUUACACAAUUCCAAUCUGAGCUGUAAAGCGUAAAAGUAGACUUCAAAAAGAAAAGAGACAUUUAAAUUACAUAUUCAUGUGUUUGCCCCCCCCCCCCAAAAAAAAGAAAAAAUGUUCUAACAUAAUUCAAAUUGCCUACUUUGAGAUUACAUCUUAGAAUCCCAAAGCCUUGAUUGAUGCCAAUCUUAUUUGGCUAUGCCAGAAAUUAAAUGCUAAAUUGCCUAUAGUUGAAUUUUAAAGUCUAUGGAGGAUAAACGCACAUACUUAACUUUUUAAGCAAUAAUUAAUGUAAUAAUUCUGUAUACUGUAUUUUUACUUCAGGUAUUUUUUGACAGCAAAUACUCUGAGUGCUGCUUUCUUCCUAUUGGCCUGCAUGCUGGACUGUCCUGUCAUUACGUAAAAGGUGCCUUUUUAAACAGAAUUCUGUGUAAUUCAAGUUUCUAACUUUUGUCUUUACGACCAUAGAAAGUUAUUUGUUCUGUAUAGUGUCUGUAGAACUAAUUGAUUUAAUGUCCAAAAAAUGUUCAAAUAAAGUAAUAUUUCAAGAAUUGCA